AUGAGUAUCAUGGAGUACAACGGAGGCAGCGUGGUCGCCGCAAAGGGAAAGAACUGCGUCGCCAUCGCCUCCGACCUCCGCCUCGGCCAGCAGGCCAUGACGAUCGCCUGCAACUUUGACAAGGUCUUUCCCGUCACUGAAAAGACCUACGUCGGCCUCCCCGGCCUCGCAUCCGACGUCGCCACCCUCAAGGAGCGGUUCCGCUACCGCGUCAACAUGUACAAGAUGAAGGAGGAGCGCGAGAUUGAGCCAGAGGUCUUUGCCCACCUCGUCAGCUCCACCCUCUACGAGAAGCGCUUCGGGCCAUACUUUAUCGAGCCAGUGAUUGCCGGCCUCAACUCGAAAGACGAGCCCUUCAUCGCUGCAUCCGACCUCAUCGGCUGCCUCAACUUUGCAAAGGACUUUGUCGUCAGCGGCACCGCGGCCGACAAGCUCUUUGGCAUGGCCGAGGGACUCUGGGAGCCGGAUCUGGGACCCGAGGAGCUUUUCGAGACGGUAUCGCAGAUCCUCCUCGGCGCAUUGGAGAGGGAUGCACUUUCAGGCUGGGGCGCCGUCAUCCGCAUCAUCACACCGGACAAGGUCAUCGAGAGGACGCUCAAGGCGCGCAUGGACUGA